AUGGGACGUCCAGAAGACGAGCGCGGCCAGUCGGUCGAUAUCGAUGUUAAGAAUGGCCUGCCCGCAGGCAAGGCAGAUGCAGCACUCGAGUUCCUGCGCGACGAAGAUACGGCGGUCGCGACAGAAGUUAAUGAAAAGGCUUUGGUGCGCAAGAUUGACUGGAUGAUCAUGCCGCUGAUGUGGGCGGCGUACAAUCUGCAAUACCUAGACAAAGUGCUCAUCAACUAUGCUUCCGUGAUGGGCUUGCUCAGUGAUACCAAAAUGCAAACUAAUCAGUUUUCUGAUCUGACGCUGGCUUUCUACGUGACGUAUCUCUUCUUUGAGCUGCCGACAGGCUAUCUCAUGCAACGCUUGCCCACAGCGAAGUAUUUGGGAUUCAACGUCACCAUAUGGGGUCUCAUGACAACUUUGAACUGCACGGCGAAGAACUUUGGUGGCUUGAUGACUCUACGUGUCUUGUUGGGUUGCUUCGAAAGUGCAAUUGCGCCGGCACUUAUCCUUAUAACGUCAAUGUGGUACAAGAAAAAUGAACAACCAAAACGCAUGGGCAUUUGGUAUCUCGGCACGGGCACCGCCUCGAUAAUGGGCGCCCUCGUCGCAUACGGCCUCCUCUUUUACACCGACGACCAGUUCAAAUCCUGGCAAAUAAUGUUCUUAAUCUUCGGACUCGUGACUAUCGUCGUGGGCACCUGCAUCUUUGUCUUCCUUCCCGACAACCCCAUGAGCUCGCGCCUAACACACGCCGAGAAAGUCCUAGCCAUCGAGCGACUCCGCGAGAACCAAACCGGUAUCGAGAAUAAGCACUUCAAAUGGCGGCAGGCCGUGGAAGUCUUCCGCGAUCCGCAGACGUAUCUCAUCGCCGUGAUCGUGACAGCGAUGGACGUCCCCAACGCGGCGAUCAGCAGCUUCACAUCGCUGAUUAUCAAGAACAUCGGGUUCACAACCAAGCAAACCGAGCUUCUGAAUAUUCCCAACGGCGCCAUCUCAAUUAUCAGUAUCCUAGUUUCAACGUACUGCGCCGGCCGCUAUAAUCAACGCUGUCUCUGCGUCGCCGCCUCGCUCGUCUGUGGCUUGCUGGGCGGCUGUCUACUCGCCUUUUCACCCCACGAUAUGAAAGGUGCCCAACUAGCGGGAAACUACCUGACACAAGUGACCGGCUCGGCACUCCCAAUCAUGUAUUCGUUGGCCGGUGCCAAUGUCGCGGGCCACACGAAAAAAGUCACUAUGAACGCGAUCCUGCUCAUGUCUUUCUGCCUGGGCAAUAUCCUGGGUCCGCUUACGUUUCGUACAGAGGAUCAACCCGAUUACAUUCCAGCCAAGAUUGCAAUUGUGGUGACGAUUGCGGUGGCGAUUGUCUUUGCGUUCUUACUUCGCUUUUACUAUACCUGGGAGAAUCGUCGGCGUGAUAAGAAUCAUGAAGGCCAGGAACAUCGCGAGAAUUCAGAGUUCUUGGAUAUGACGGAUCGGGAGAAUCGCGAGUUUAGAUAUUCUUUGUAA